UCCAACAUGGCGGCGUCCAUGGCGAGGACGUGCCGGCACGUCUCGCGGCGUGGACCCCGUGUCCUGCGCCUCACGCUCGGGUCGAAGCUCCACGGCGGACUGCUGCAUUCUCUGAAUAAACGCGGCGUCCUGAAGGAGUCUUUCCCGCGGGACGCGGCGCAGGACCAGCUGCCGCGGCUGCUCCGGUCCGGCGCUCAGACCGUGUACUGCGGCUUCGACCCCACGGCCGACAGCCUCCAUGUGGGCAACUUGCUCGCCAUCGUGGGCCUCCUGCACUUCCGCGGCGCCGGGCACCACGUCCUCGCCGUGCUCGGAGGGGCCACGGCGCAGAUCGGAGACCCCAGCGGGAAAACGAGCGAGCGCGAGCGGCUGUCGCCGGAGGUCGCCGAGGCGAACACGCGCGGCGUCCGCGAGGGCAUCCAGCGGGUUUUCGCCAACCACGAGCUGCACUUUCACGACGGCUCCAGGGAACCGGGCACGGUGACCGUGCUGAACAACCUGAGCUGGUACAAGAACCGGGGCGUGGUGGACUUUCUCUCCGAGGCCGGGCGGCACCUGCGCAUGGGGACCAUGCUCAGCCGCCACAGCGUGCAGUCCCGCCUGAGGAGCGCCGACGGCAUGAGCCUCGCCGAGUUCACCUACCAGGCGUUCCAGGCGUACGACUUCCACCACCUCAACCAGAUAUACGGCUGCAAGAUUCAGCUGGGGGGCACCGACCAGCUGGGCAAUCUGAUGUCGGGCCACGAGUACAUCCAAAAAGCGAGCGGCGAGGAGGUGUACGGUCUCACCGUCCCGCUGGUGACCAGCUCGGCCGGGGACAAGCUGGGGAAGACGGCGGGCAACGCCGUGUGGCUCAACAGGGACAAGACGUCCCCCUUCGAGUUCUACCAGUUCUUUCUCAGGCAGCCCGACGCCAGUGUGGAGAGGUUCCUGAAGCUGUUCACCUUCCUGCCUCUGGCGGAGGUGGAGAGGCUGAUGGAGCAGCAGAGGAACGACCCCGGGAAACGCCUCGCUCACAAGCGGCUGGCGGCGGAGGUGACCAAACUGGUGCACGGAAAGGAGGGCCUCGAGAGCGCAAAGAGGUGCACCGACGCCCUGUACCACAGCAGCGUGCAGGCCUUGGAGGAAAUGAGUGACGACGAGCUUCAGGAGCUCUUCAGGGAGGCCCCCUUCCACGAGCUGCUGCUGGAGCCGGGCACCACGGUGAUAGACGCCUGCCGCAGGGUCAACGCCAUCCCAGAGGGACCCAGGGGGUAUCAGAUGGUUUCCGAGGGCGCCGUGUGGAUCAACCACGGGCGGACGGACAAACCGGAGCAGCUGCUGAUCCCCAAGCUCCACGUCCUGUCCAAUGGCCUCACCUUGCUCCGAGUGGGCAAGAGGAACUUCCACAUCAUCAAGUGGCUCAGUCUCUGAGGCCUCUCGCGCGGGACCGGUUUGACCCGCGAUGAGCUGUCCCCGGGGGGGGGGGGGAGGUAGGCGCCAAGCAAAAGGGGUCGGUGAGGACGCUUGGGAAAGGACGAACGUUUUGCAACCUACCUGGGGCUGUUGCCAUGGGGAUGGCCUGUCGUCGCCAUAUAAAUGUGUGUAUAUAUAUAUAUAUAUGCACGUUUUUAUCCGAUGCAAUGGUGUUAUUAAAAGGCGUGUGAAGCACAGAUUGUCGCGUGCUGACUUCGUACUGCUACAGUUCCUGGCAGCGACCGCUAGAGGGCAGCGUUGUCCCAGUCAUCCCGCCCAGCCUGCUGCUACCACUUCGGUAAAUAAUUGCCCACAGUAAAAUUUAAUUGCAUCAUUUCUCGCAAAUAGGUUAUUGUUCAAUGUUUAGCACAUCCUGUUUUUCAUAUAUUUUUUAUUUGAUGGUAACACCAGGCCAACAUCUGCGUCAGUGUGGCUGUUUUUCCGUUGUUGGUGGUGAAAGGUGUAAAUUGUACCAGAAAGAAAAGUGUGACUUUUGGGGGAUUUCUGAAAUGAAUAGAUCUUGCUUGUAGAUUUUUUUUUCUUCCAGUUCCAUAAAUUUGGUAAUCCCAUUUGUAGAAUUUGGGUUGUUUUUAAAUACCGCUAUUGGUUUUCUGCCACAUUUCAAAGUUCUCAAGGUGGUGAGCGUAUCAGUGAAUUUGGUGCCUGUACCUGUAAUUGUUCUUUUCAUUUUUUUCUUCUGUAUUUGCAGACUUCUUGAAGGACAGUUGUGCGUAGCUUUCUUGUUUAUUUUAUUUUUUUUUACUCUUGGGGCUGUUGGAGAUCUAGACGGGGUCUGCUGACCUUUACUUGCGCUUGUCAGCUCCAGAGAAUUGGUGGAAAUACUAUGCCACAAGAAUAUUCUUUUAUCCAAUUUACCGAUUUUGGGUUUUGGCCAUUGCUUGAUAGUUUGGACUUUGAGGGGGAUGUACCUCCUGCAUCAUAGGGUCGACAAAUUGAAGCAUUAAUGUAGAUUCAAUAAUGUAAUUUAUACAAGGGUGGAACAUUUUAUAAACAUUUUCAUUUUAACAUAUUUAUUUAAGACUGCCUCCAUUACUUUUCUGUACAAAUUUAUAUUUUAGGAAAAUAUAUCUGUCCAUUAUAUUUAACACAAAAUAUGUAAUGUCUCGAACUCUUCCCUGGAAGACGUGCAUAGUUUUGCCAUAAGGAUGGAGUUAGUUUUACAAUCAAUUAGUUAAAAUGUUAGCAAAGAUUAAAUGUUUAAGUUUACAGUAACGUUUUUUUUCUAGUGAGAAGAACUUUGAAAUGCAACAUGUUUAUUUUUAAAAACGAUCGGUCGAGCAAUACUCAAGGCACCGAUGCCCUGAAGCAGUUUUUCCAUUUGAAUUUAUAAUAUUUAUAAUGCCGAAGCAGUCUUCAUUUUGGAAGGAAAAUCUGGGAUUUGGUGCAGCACGCACACGGGGCCAUGUCGCAACCCUUCAGGAACUAGCUGGUCUACCUUAAGAGAAGUAGGCGGGUCUUAAGCACCUUGACCAAUGAGCCGCCUUCCCCGCAUUUAAAUAGCUUUGUGUGUGCGUGCGUGUGUGUCAAUCACACCCCCCCCC